CAUGUCUUCUUCUCCACCCGUUUUCACUUUGUGGGUGGAUGUACUUACUCAGACUGGGCUGAUUCCUGAGUUUUUACCGCAAGUUGACAACCAGCUCUCCAGCCCGCUGUAUCAGUGGGUAAAACGCCGGCCGCGACCACCGACGGAUGGUAGAAGGGCAGCUGUGAGUUCAUGAAAUAUGUACCGGUCACUGUGUUUUAUCUGGCCGAUAGAAGCGCGAGUAUGGCCUAUUAUUUGUGUGACAUUAAAUAAAGGGAGUGCACCUUGCGUCCGCGAUCAUGGGGUGACGUAUGCUGCUCUACAGUAUCUGUAGUUUAAUGCGAAGAGACAUUACUCGGGAGAAAGAUGGAUUUACCUCGUCGUUUUCCAGACCCGGUGCUCAACCAGAUAGUCUUCAGUGAAAUCGCGGCAUCCCAUGGAAAAGGUGCAGCUUCUGCAACCGGGACUGUGUCUGGCGCCACGGUAUCCAGCGCACUGAGAAACGAUUUGGGCUCUAACAUUAAUGUGUUAAAAACACUAAAUCUCCGCUUCCGAUGUUUCCUUUCCAAAGUGCACGAAUUAGAGCGCAGAAAUAAGUUAUUGGAGAUCCAGCUGCAGCACGCGCUGGAGCAGUCCCGGUACCGAGUCCUGUUUUCCCGAGAGCAAGCGGUCCAGACGAACCUCGAGCUGCCUUAUACAAACACACUGUGUCAGUCGAGACUUCCCGGUAAAAUCUGGAGUUUCUCAAAUACGUCCAGAUACGGAGGACGGUUCGAAACUCAUCAGGGGCCCGGAGUGACCUGGACUCAUCCUGAUGGUGUCGGGGUUCAGAUUGACACCAUCACACCUGAACUCAGGGCCUUGUACAAUGUUUUGGCCAAAGUCAAGCGCGAGAGAGACGAAUACAGGAGAAAAUGGGAGGAGGAGUUGUCCAAAUGUCAGCAGAUGGAGUCCUUGGUGGACACCUUACAAGAGAAUGUUCAGUCAUCUGAAGCAAUGCAAGGAGAAUUGACUGAGAAGAUGGAACGGCUUAAAUCAGAGUUGGUGGUCUUCAAAUGCCUCAUGUCUAAUGAUGAAGUGUCUGACUUGGACACUAGAAUCCAGGAGAAAGCCAUGAAGGUUGAUAUGGACAUCUGUAGACGCAUCGACAUCACAGCCAAGCUGUGUGACGUAGCACAGCAGAGGAACUCAGAAGACAUGACCAAGAUAUUGCACGGCAGCCCAUCCAGAGUUCCUCCAGAGCAGAAAGGGGGGAUGUCAGUAUGCAGGAAGAAGGAGUGUAAAGGUGAAUCAGAGCAGCAGAAAGUGGAGACUGAGCUUGAUUCUUGUCACUGUGAAGAAGAGGUGCCUGGAUCUCUCAACAUCACUGAUGAGAUGAAGCGCAUGCUCAACCAGCUGCGGGAAACAUUUGACUUUGACGAUGACUGUGACAGUCUGGCGUGGGAAGAGACUGGGGAAACUCUACUGCUCUGGGAGGAUUUCACUAACUACAACAGCCUGAACCUCACCACCACCUCGAACACCACGGUUGCUGCUAGUGCAGCCACCACCAUGACCUGCACCUCCGACUCACAUGGAGAAACCCACGAGCAGGAUUGGAGUCUAGGUAGCCUUAUACAUGAGACUGAGUCUCUCUUUAAAACCAGAGAGCAGGAGUACCAGGACACCAUCGGACAGAUAGAGCUGGAACUGGCCACAGCCAAGAGUGAUAUGAACAGACACCUGCAUGAGUACAUGGAGAUGUGCAGUAUGAAAAGAGGGCUGGAUGUACAGAUGGAGACCUGUCGGAGGCUCAUUCAAAGCACAACACCAACCGGCAGACACUCCCCCUCUUUCAGCUCUGUGGCCAGCAGUGAUUCUGGAAACACAGAUGACAUCCAGGAUGAGCUGGAGCACGAUGGAGUGAGAGAUGGAGAGAAAGAAGAGGCAGUAGAGACAAAUGGAGAUGUUUGAUAAUGAGGAGCCCUUCAUCAUUCGGCUUGCUCAGCUUCUCUUCCAAAGUUCUAGCUCUCUUUUUGAGCUCCUUUAAGUCUCUGGUCUUUUUUUUUUUUUUUUUUUACAUAGGAUGGAUAAGUGUGGAAUUCUGGAUUCCCAAAGAGCAAGUAUUGGUGCUACAUAUGUUUUCUUAGAGUGGGACCAGCCAAACGGAAGCUGUUCCCUCUUCAUCAGCACUGCCAAGGCAUGGCUCCAUAGUCUUCCUCACUUGCUUUAACUGCAUUCACAAUAAACUCAAACAGGAGUUCACACUUUUUACAGUGUGAUGAAAAACAUGAUGCAUUUGCAAAAAUGAUAUAAUUAUUUAUUAAGUGCAAAAAUUCUGUUAUCUUGCUCACUUGUUUACAUGAAUCUAAAAGGCAGGUUGUUUUUAAACUGAAGCCUGAAGUUAAUAGCUGUUCUAAUUUAUAAAAAUAUAUUUUAUACUGUACAAGAUACAUGUCUACAGUCAGUUUAUAAUCGGCGUGAAACCCUGUUUGCAACCCAUUUGACUUCUAAUCAGAUGUAGUUUUAAGUGAAAAUGAAUAUUCAACUGGUUUGACUUGAUUGUUUCCUCCGGGAAUUGAUUGAGUUGAAAACUGGCCAUUCCGUAGCAGAAUGGAGCCAGACCUGAAUGUGACAAUGCCUUAAUAGGUAUUUGGCUACUGGUUAACUUAAUCCAGUAGCCAGCACGACCUAAGUGGUGUUAGCAGAAAAGGAAAGUCGUUUCAGAGAGAGAGUAAGCUUUUUUUUUUCUCUCCCUUUUUCUCCCCAAUUUGGAAUGCCCAAUUCCCAAUGCGCUUUAAGUCCUCGUGGUGGCAUAGUGACUCGCCUCAAUCCGGGUGGGGGAGGAUGAAUCUUAGUUGCCUCCGCAUCUUGAGACCGUCAAUCUGCGCAUUUUAUCACGUGGCUUGUUGAGCGCAUUACUGCAGAGACGUAGCACAUGUGGAGACUUCACGCUAUUCUCCACGGCAUCCACGCACAACUCACCACGUGCCCCACUGAAAGCAAGAACCACACAUUAUAGCGACCACGAGGAAGUUACCCCAUGUGACUCUACCCUCCCUAGCAACUGGGCCAAUUUGGUUGCUUAGGAGACCUGGCUGGAGACACUCAGCACACCCUGGAUUCGAACUCGUGAUUCCAGGUGUGGUAGUCAGCGUCUUUACUUGCUGAGCUACCCAGGCCCUAGUUUUUACUUUUAAUUCAUGAUUACAAAGGCAAAAAAACAACAACAAAAAACAAUCAGAAUAAUGUGCACUGAUGAAUUGUUCAUAAUAGGAUGAGGAAUAUGUGUUAAGAAAGUAAAUAGGGUCAAUUUCAAGUUGACUUUAAAUACCAAACUGUUUUAAAUACAGUAUAGAGGAAAGUGUUACUCUUCAUCAAGCUCUGGAAUAAGUUCAGUCAUUUAACGUCACAUUAUUAGUUAGUAAAUCAGCCAUGCAGUAUAUGCUUCAUGAAAAUCUCUGUGCACUGUGUCAAUUUUCACAAUGUAUGACUGUCACUCAACUAAACUACUGUGCACUAAGAUCGAUGCAGUAAUCUAAACUGGACUAACAUUACGUUAAGUGAUUCUUUUUGCUAAAGACAUUUGGUAAGUGUGAGUUGAUUAGCCCUAAGUGCAGUUCUUCCCUUGUUUCUUUGUUUAGGGCAAGUGCUUUCAGAUUUUGGAGAGUAGCAAAUGUCAAAACGGCAGUAAAACUCAAACUCAUGUGCCUACCAAUAUGCUGUAUUCAGUGUCUCAGUUGCCUUAUUAUAUUUUCUCUUUGAAAAAUAUGAGUACAUGCUUGGCUCUGUUGUAAACCAUUAAAUCAGAUAUGAAUCCUCAUAUCCUUCUUACAGGUAGACAACAUAACAUUAUGCUUAAAUAUUAAAUGGUGAAAAAUAAGAUCUGUUUUGUGGAAGAUUUCAAGAUCUAGAAGCCAUAUAAAUAUCUGUCCUCAGGUGUUGGAUUGUUUGGCCAAGCUGCAAAUUUGCUUCUGAAAAGUUUUGUAUUAUAUGUAAUUUAGUAACAUACAGCCCCACCCUUCCCAAAAAAAAUAUUUAUGGCUAAUAAUUCAAUAGAGUGCCUGACAAAUAUUAGUGUUGUUUAUUUAUCUUGGAUUGUACAAUGUACAAAUAGGUUUUGGGAUGCUUAUUAUUUUUAUUUUAUUGAUUACAUUUUUAUUAAUUAAUUAUCUUCAUUUAAUUCCAUGUAAUGAUUUAUUGCUGACAAAAAGCAGGCCUAUCUGUGUAAUGGAAAUAGUGGUUUGCAAUGAUUGCCUUUUUAUUAGAAAUUUGUUCAGUCAUUCUUUUUAUUAUCUUCUAUGAUCAUUAAGAUUUUAUGUUGGUGUAGUCAUUAGUUCAUACUUUUUGCCUUCAAUGUGGGCCAUCCUAAUAAAAUGUAUUGGUUUGUGCUGUAUACUAAAGAAAUCUGCUGAUAAGUUGAUGUUGUGCUGAAAACAGAUUAGAUUGCUUUACCCCUCCUAUUGUCUUAGGGACAUUUUUGACCCGCGACAGGUAAAGAAUGCGUCAUAAAUACAGUACUGCAUAGUAUUUGGUACUGGAACCAAACAUUGUCAGACAGAACAUUGUUAGGAUCAUCAAAACAAACAAAAUUAAAAAAUUAAAUCAAUUUUGUAUAUCACUAUUUAAGAGAAAUAACUAUUUAAAACAAAUUGUUCCUUCCAUUGUCUUAUGGGAAGAACCAGUUGUGGCCAUGGCCUUUCAACUUUUCUGGAUGUUAUGCAGCUUUAAAUAGUUUUUUGCAUAAUUAUGAAACAAAUUUGACCUAAAAAUAAUUAUAAUUCUCUCAGAUCCUAGCUCGACUAGCCUGCUCCACUGGGUACAUGCACAUCCACACACAAAGGUUUUAUUUAUUUAUUUAUUUUACAGUUUUUAACAGGUAAUAUGUUAGUAAAUAACAUGAUUUUAGAUGAUAGGGUACAAUGGGACUGAAGGCCCCAGAAUGGUAAAAGACCUAUUGGAUGUUAUUUCUCCUAAAACACUAGAUGGCAGACAUAAUCAUUACAGCACAUUCCUAAACCCUUGUAACACUGCAACAGAUUGUUUGACAUUAGUGGAAAGGAAUAGAUUUGUUGCAAUGGACAUGCAAAGUGGACCCGUUUUGAAUGCUGGAAAAGGCAAUAGAGAUUAAUUUGUUAAAGGCAUGUUCUAAAAUGUUUACUUAUUGUACCCUGUUCAUUUUUUACAAUCAGAAUAAAUUAGAAAUUGCUGUAAUAGCUGAGAUAUUUUAAAAUGCAAAAAGUGAUUGAAAUUUUUUUAACACAAGACAGUUUGCCAAGUUUUUAAACUUUUUUUUAUUUAUUUAUUUUAAUUAUGGAACUUCAGUAAUAUCCAAUAUAUCAUUGUUUUCACAUCAUGCACUUUGGGACCACAUUAAAUAUACACAUUUUCAUGAAGGGCGGUCCCUUAGUGCUAUUGUACACUAAUUAAGAAUUCAUGUAUAUUGAGUAGUUUUCAAUGCGGGUUAAAAAUGACCCAAAGUACAAAAGGAGGGUGCAUUUUCUUAAGACAAUAGGAGGGUUAUGCAAGUCUUAUGUAAUUGUAGUCUGAUUUUUGUUUGGUUUUAAAUAAAGAAG